AUCUGUGUUCUACCAACUAAAUGUCAUUAUCAAAUGAUGUCAAUUGUCAAUGAUUCAGGUCACAGGUGUAAUGUUUUGUUUACGUUUUGGUUUUAGAAUACGAAAAUAAUUUCGACUUAAUAAAUAUGUUUUUAACGUUAUGCUCAAAAUCAAAUUUAAAAUAUAUUAUAAUCACUGUUACGAUCGCUAUAACAGCCAUAAUUUUAAGAAAGUAUAACUUUACUUUAAAGACUGAUGAUGACAAGUUAAAACGAACAAAUGGGCCGUUGGUCUUCUCUUAUGAUGAAUUAGCUAAAUAUGAUGGAAUAUAUAUUGAUAAGCUUUAUUUAUCCGUUAUUGGAAGCAUCUUUGAUGUUACUGAAGGCAAGAAAUAUUAUGCUAAAGGAUCUCCAUAUCAUUAUUUCGUAGGCAAAGAUGGAACAAGAGCUUUGGUGACUGGUGAUUUUAAAGAUGAAUCUAGCAAUAAAGAUCAUGUUUUAGAAUUAUCUUGUGAUGAUGUAUCAACAAUAUUGCACUGGAGACAGACAUACAGAGAAAAAUAUAAAUUUAUUGGUUUACUAGCUGGUAGAUAUUAUGAUGAAAAUGGUUUAGAAACCUCAUACAUGAGUGAAUUCAAACAUAAAAUAAAGCUUUGCAAAAAAGAAAAAGAAGAGGCUAAAAAUCAAGAUAAAUUGUAUCCACCAUGCAAUAUUUCUUGGAGUGAAGAAGAAGGGACACGCGUAUGGUGUACAAAAACAAGUGGUGGUAUUGAACGAGGUUGGGUUGGAGUCCCACGCCAGCUAUUUACCCCAGGUGUAGAGAAGCCUCGCUGUGUGUGUGUGAAUCUCGAAAAAAAUAAUUCAAGUAUGCUCAAAGAGUAUGAGGGAUGCCCCAUUAAAUCUACAUAUUGUGUAUUUAAAGAUUGAAUGUUGUAUAUACUUUAGUUGAAUGAGGUGAUAAAUUUUUUUUUAACAAUUAUUUAUUUGAUAGUUUUCAUGAAGAUCUUGCUUUAUAUCUAUGUAUUAUUUUUAUACUGUGUUAACUUUAUUGUAUUUAAUUUUAUAAGUUAA